AUGGCAUCCUCUCUAAAGGUCCUAGGCCCUCUCUUGGCCCUGCUGUUCCCUCUAUGUGGGCUCCUUGUACACAGCCAGAACAUUUCCUGGAGGGAAUUCGUGAAACGGCACCACCCUAGCACAAACUGGGAAUUCAGCAAGUACAAAUGCAGUGAUCUGAUGAGGGAAAGAGGUGUUUCAAAAGACAAGAACUAUCACAGCUUCGUCUAUACCGUAUGGCACAAAAUUGAGCAUAUAUGCAUCAGGAACUGGAGAGGUCACUACAGAAAUGUAUAUAUAUGGGCCCCAUAUCCCUUCAAAACACUCAAGUGCUACCGGGAGAAUAGCAAAAACAACUACAAAGAUUACAAGAGCUACAGCUACAUUGAAUUCCAUUGUGGCAUGAACGGGUUUGUUGAUGGCAUAGAGGACAUGCAGUUGUUAGAGGAUAUCAGCAACUAG